AUGGUACGUUUGUCUGCCACAGGAAUGGCAGUAGUGAAUGUGGCCAAAGCACCCCGCGAGGUGGCGUAUUCCCAGAGCACGGGCCAGCGAGAGCAGCGGAGCCGCUGCGUGCAGCGAGGGAUCCGGCGGGUCCAGGAUCUCUGUAAAGUCCUCCAGCUCCCGACGGUGUUCGAGGAAACGGCGGUGUCGUACUUCCAGAGGGCCCUGCAGCUCCCCUGCUUCCACCUGGUCAGCCUGGAGAAGCAGGAGCUCCUGGGGGGCUGCUGCGUCUUUGUGACUUGCCGGCAGCACAACUGGCCCCUGACGAUGGGGACGAUCUGCUCCCUCCUGUACGCGAAGCAGGAGCUGUUUGCCGGCGUCUUCCUGUUUGCCGGCGUCUUCGUGAGCCUGCAGAGAGAGCUCGGGCUCUCCGUGCCGGCCCUGAGCCUGGGGGAUCUGGUGAAGACGCACCUGAACAGUUUUCGGCUGUUCCAGCACGCGGCCGAUGUCCCUGCCCCGUUUGUGGAGGACAAGGAGAAGAGAGGGACGGCGCAGGAGCGGGCCUGUCCCUUGGAAGGGAAGCGCCAGCGUGAGGGCGGCCCGAGGCCCCUGCUGCCACCAUGCCUUACCCGCCCGAGGAAGAGACUGCGGACGGCAGCCCCGAGCGCGUCGGCCUCUGCCAUCACCGGCGACGAGCCCAUCUCCGACAGCGAGAUCGAGCAGUACCUGCGGGGCCCGGAGGAGAUGCGGGCCCUCAGGAAGGCCAAGGCCUGGCCGUGA